AUGGCCUCCUAUCAGGCAAUAGUAGCUCUGCUUUGCAUGCUAGCUUUCUCCUUUUUUGGGGGAAAUAAUGCACUCGAUGAAUGUGUGUUGGAAACCACCCUAUACAUAAUACAAUCACCUGCCCAAGAUCAAAGACCUUUAGGCACUGAUACCGUCAUUAUUAAUUGGCCUAUAAAGGAUGGUCCAGGUGCUGCUGCCAAUACCAUUGGGCAUGCAGAGGGCUUGACGACCUUUGCAAAUCACGCUAGUGGUUCGUGGGUAACCAUAAUGGACUUGGUGUUUGAGGGAGGCAGCCUUGCUGGAUCGUCACUUCAAGUUAUGGGGCUUCAUGGUUCCAAAAAUGAUCAAUGGAGCGUUAUGGGGGGCACUAGACAACUUACCAUGGCACGGGGUAUUAUCAACUACAAUAUAACCCAAUCUACCAGUGCUAGUAGGACCUUCGAAGUAUACAUAUAUGUGUACUACACUUCCCUGUGA